AUGAUUAAUUUAUUAUCGCUAUGUUUGUGGUUGACUACUGCGGUUUUGGUUGUUACUGGUCAAUAUUACAUAAACCCGCAAGUGCAGGUUCCAAUCAAACCGUAUCCGUAUCCGUAUCAAUAUUAUAAGGCACCCGCUCCAACCGAAAUUGUAAUUCCGCCGACUACACGAUACCUGACCGGUUAUGACGUCUUACACUCUUAUGAACCUGUCGAAAAACACGGUUACAAGUAUUCUUACUGA